AAUUUAAUUAUUAAGAAAUCAGAUUAUGUCUUUUUUUAUUCUUAACCUUGUUAAACCGUUCCUUCAGAACACACUUUCCUGCUGAGCAUGGGACAACGUGGCUACAGCGAUUUAAAAAAACCCCAACCAAAUAGACAUGCCUCCAAUGCCAAAUCAGUAAAACUCUAACCCAUGCUUUUUAAUUUUAAACUGCAGAAAGGAUGCUGUAAACCACUCUAGGCGCAUUUGCUUCAUCCGCUUCCUCAUUAAGCAAUUUUAAAUUGCAGCCGGUGAAGCACAAAGAUAAAGCAAAACCUGGUAAUUCAGACUUUUUGAAAUGUGUAUUUUUCUGUCGCAUGGUUUUGGUACCCACUGACACAGUAUUUAGGGCUCACCUGUGAUGGCUGCUUCUGCCUCUUUUAGGUCUCUUUUUGUCUAUUAGGUCUCUUGUCGCUUUUUUUGGGUCUCUUAUUUUGGUCUCUUUUUUUAGCGCGCUCUCUUUCUUGUAGCUCUCUCAGCUCAGACCUUGUGUGGGCAGACCCCACCCUCCCAAAAUCUGCCUUUUUUUCUCUCCCUUUUUCUGAUCUGGCCAUCAGCCCAACUCGGCUCCAGCUUUGCUCCAUGCAGGAAAGCAUGUGCUGAGCAGGGACCUGCUCGGCCGUGACCUCCCUUUGUCAGCAGGCCGUUAGCAGCCGAGCUGCUGACUCCAGCGCGGAGCCCGGGCCCCGUCGGGCGGGGGGGACAGGCCGUGACCAAAGCUGCAGCCGGCCUUUAGCAGCGGCAACCCUCCAUUUUGGGCUACUAACUGCCCCAAGCCGUGGUGCUCCUGCCCGGGGGCAGCCGCGCUGCAAAGCGGGGGGACACGCGUGGGGACAGCCACACGAGCACACGCUGCCGCCGGGCAGCGAAGGGUUAAGGGGCGGCGCAUGCGCAGCGCCCGGCCCCGGCUCCCUUUCACAGAGUGCGCCGAGGGCGCUGCGGACGCCGAUUGGCUGCUCCGCCGCGCUGGGCGGGGCGGGGGGCGGGACUGGGGGCUGAGCGGCCACGCGGCGGCGGCGGGGUGCGGCGGGAGAGCAGGCGGCGAGCGGCGGCCCCGGAGCGAGAGCAGCCUCACCGCCAUGUCUGUCAGCAGUCACGAGAAUCGGAAAUCCCGCUCGAGCUCCGGCUCCAUGAACAUCCAUCUCUUCCACAAACCAGGCCACGCUGACAGCCUCCUCACCCACCUCAAUCUGCUCCGCAAGCGGCACCUCUUCACUGAUGUGGUUCUGCGAGCGGGGAGCCAGGCCUUCCACUGCCACCGGGCUGUCCUGGCCUCAUGCAGCCGCUACUUUGACGCUAUGUUCAGCGGAGGCCUGAAAGAGAGCAGAGAUGCUGAGGUCAACUUCCAUGAUUCCCUCCACCCCGAGGUGCUGGAGCUGCUGCUGGACUAUGCCUACUCGGCCCGGGUGCUGAUUAACGAGGAGAACGCGGAGUCCUUGCUGGAGGCUGGGGACAUGUUGCAAUUUCAGGAUAUUCGGGAUGCUUCGGCUGAUUUUCUGGAGAAGAAUCUCUACCCAGGGAAUUGCUUGAACAUGCUGCUGCUGUCUGAUGCCCACUGCUGCCAGCGGCUGCAGGAGCUGUCCUGGAGGAUGGCAUUGGCCAACUUCACCUCACUCUGCAAGACUGAAGAUUUCCUCCGACUGCCCAAAGACAAGCUGCUGGAGCUGGUGGAGAGCGAGGAGCUGGAGGUAGAGGAUGAGACGCUGGUCUAUGAAGCUGUUAUAGGUUGGAUCCGGUACGAUUUGCCCCGACGCCAUGAAGUUCUGCCAGAGCUGCUGCGCUCUGUCCGCCUGGCCCUUCUGCCCGAGUCCUACCUGCGGAAGCAAGUGGCCUGCGAGAAGCUGGUGACCAGCCACAAGCUGGGGGAGGAGAUCGUGGCUGAUGCUGUACGAUGCAAAAUGAAGAUCCUGCAAAACGACGGCCUUGUGACAGGGUGCUGUGCCCGACCCCGCAAGGUCAGCCAGGCCCUGCUGUUGCUCGGUGGCCAGACCUUCAUGUGCGACAAGAUCUAUAUGCUGGAUCAUAAAACCAGUGAGAUCAUUCCUCAUGCCGACAUCCCAAGCCCUCGUAAAGAGUGCAGUGCCUGUGCUAUUGGGUGCAAAGUGUACAUCACCGGCGGCAAAGGCUCCGAGAACAGCGCUUCCAAAGAUGUCUGGGUUUAUGACACCCUCCAUGAUGAGUGGGCAAAAGCUGCUCCCAUGCUGGUGGCACGGUUUGGCCAUGGCUCUGCUGAGCUGGACCACAGUCUGUACGUGGUGGGGGGUCACACAGCAGUGAGUGGUGCCUUCCCGGCCUCUCCUUCCGUCUCGCUCAAGCAAGUCGAACACUAUGACCCGCAGCUGGAUAAAUGGUCCUUGGUGGCUCCUCUCCGAGAAGGUGUAAGCAACGCCGCUGUGGUGGGAGCCAAGAUGAAGCUGUUUGUUUUCGGUGGCACCAGCGCCAACCAGGAGAAGCUGCCCAAGGUGCAGUGCUUUGACCCCUGCCAGAAUCGCUGGACGGUGCCUGCCAGUUGCCCCCAGCCUUGGCGGUACACGGCUGCCGCCGUGGUGGGCAGCCACAUCAUCAUCAUUGGGGGGGACACGGAGUUCUCUGCCAGCUCCGCUUACCGUUUCCACAGUGAUACCUACCAGUGGUCCAAAUUUGGGGAUGUCACUGCUAAGCGCAUCAGCUGCCGCGCUGUUACAUCGGGUAACAGACUGUACGUGGUGGGGGGCUACUGCGGGGCUCAGCGCUGCAAAACACUGGACUGUUACGACCCAUCAUCCGACACUUGGAGCAGCAUCACAACAGUGCCUUACUCCCUCAUCCCCACCGCCUUCGUCAGCACCUGGAAGUACCUGUCUGCCUGAGUUGCAGUGUGAUGAAGAACCUGAAGGUGUCACACCUGAUUUUGCCGGUGUCUUGCUUCACUUCACCGGGGAUCCAGACUGAAGACAUGAGCAGGAGAAGCGAGUGGCUCCUCCUACUUAGCAAGUCUGUGAACUGGAUGCCAGCCCUUCUGUGGAUCUGAUUAGCAUCAGCAGGGCUCAAGGCAACACAGCUUUGGCUUUGAACUGCUUCUGUAAAUCCCCUUCGUUCAGGACCAGUUACGGGACAAGCACGGAGGGACCUCCUUGGGCUGGUGGCUUGUGCUGUCCCUUGAGACUGCAAAAGGUUUCCAAGUUUUCUCCUGACUCAUGUGAUCUCGGAACAGGAACCAGAAGAAUAUUUUAAGUGAUAUUUACUAGACAGGACGAAGGAAGCUCCUAAGUAACAGGCAGCACCAGAGGCAGUUGCCUGAAAUGUCUUAACAUGUGACAGUACUUUGCCUGUGGGCUGGUUCUGUACUUUUUUUUUUUUUUUUUUUUAAUAUAUAUACAGCAGUUGUGUUUGUUACUCAGCCUGGAGCUGCUUUAAUAAAUCUGAAUAAAAUCCCGUGUGUCCCUUG